AUGCGCCGCAUAACUCCGGCGGGAGCCCACUAUUCUUGCAGCGCAGGCGACAGAGGAAGCAGGUGACGUAGGCUCCGGCGUGAGAGAACCAAUAAGCUUUUCAGAUUUGGAGGGAGAUUUGCUCGAUGUCACGGUUAAAAGGGGACUAGAUCGAGAAAUAGAGGAGGCUGUGGGAGUUUGAGUCUCCGGACGGAGGGAAAAAAAAAAGAAACAGAGGCGAGUGGUUGAGAGUGAGAGACUGUCUAUAAGAAAGAAAAGAGAAGGAACGAAAGGGAGGAAGGAAAGAGCAGAGAAUAUUUCAGGAGAGGCCGAGAGAACAGAGGAGGGAGAUGUAGAGGGAUCGAGAAGAAGAGUGAAGAACAUCCGGUAUCACAAUGACAUCACUGAAAAGGAUUCAAGUUGUUGAUUACGUAGAGACAAUCAAGAGAAGUUGAAAACAUGAAAUUUUCAUUAUCAAGGGAACUUUAAAGUGUGAAGUUUUCAUUAAACCUCUUGUCCCCAGUGCCAAUGAAGAUUCUGCUGGUUUUCUAGCACAUAAUGGUUGUCUAAAAUGAAACAGAGGGUCUUUUAACUUAUAAAAGCUCAUACUAUUGUUUUCUAAACAUGAGCCAGUCUGCUGCUGCUUUAUCUAGUAAAACAGAACUAAGUCCAGGUAUUGACUUAGAAUCAUUACAACAGUGGAUUGUUGCCCUCUGUGCUAUAAGGUUUGAUCUUGAACAAGGUCAACUCGUAGAAGAGUGUUAUCCUCCAGGCUGUCUUACACGUGAUGAGGAGCUAAACAUUGCUUAUAGUUCGUUUCCAGACUCUGUUUCCCAGCAGCAAAACCGUUCAAGCAUUCAUGAUUCUAUUUUCUUUUUCCGAAUUUGCGGGCAGCUAAAAUCACAAACUGUGAAUGAUACUCAUUCUGAGAUUACUGAAGUUGACGGGGGGUUUCCUUCAAAAUCCAUAUACAAAAGCAAUCUCAGUAGAACCUCAGGUAGCAAUAAUGUCAAUGCUUCUAGAUACAUGUAUGGCUAUGUCUUUAAUAGACAGAGACAUGAUGAGAGGCUAAAGCGAGGAGGUGAGCAGAAGUCUGUGGUCAUCUUGUCCCACAAUCCAUAUUCUAGUGUGUUCAGACCUUUGUUACAAAUUAUAGGUCCCCUGUAUUUUGACAUUGGCAAGAAAGCUUUGGAGCACAUUGCUACAUAUGUCUCUACAUGGCCAGCUCCUAUUCCCGGUAAGCUAAUGGAUCUUCCAAUCGGGAAUGCAACUCUCAAAGUGUACUUGCCGCCUGCUUAUAGCUUGCCCAUUGAAAGUGGUGAAUCUUUUGAAGAGUCUGCUUCUUCAGUGGCACCCUUUUUGCCUAAUAACCAGUAUAUCCCGCAAGGUCUUUUUCAUGAUUCAGAUAUUUUUGGUACAUUCCGAGGCCUUUUAUUGCAGCUUUGGUUGCUAUGGGAGUUGUUACUUAUUGGUGAACCCAUUCUUGUCAUUUCCCCCACACCUCCUCAGUGUUGUGAAGCUGUGGCCAGUCUUGUGAGUUUGGUUGCCCCCUUACUUUGCAGUAUUGAUUUCCGGCCAUAUUUUACCAUCCAUGAUCCUCUAUUUGCACGCUUAAACACCAUAAAAGAAGGUGAAACUUUUCCCGCAAUGGUCUUGGGGGUGACUAACCUAUUUUUCCUUAAAGCCCUCCGCAGCAUCCCCCACGUUGUCUCAGUUGGAAGCCCUCCUCCUAAUUCAAGCAGGUUCACCGUUUCAAGUAGGUCUUCCACUGGCAGAAAUGAAGGUCUUGGGAUUCAACAACUUUCUCUAAAGAAGUUUUCUCCUUCAAGUUUAUUGAAUGCAGUUAAGCUGCGGAGAGAUGGUCCUCUUUGCCUCAUGACAGAACAUAAGGAAGCAAUCUGGAGUACUUAUUCUGCCACAACCAAGCCAGACACUGCUAUCUUAAAUAGGCUUAUUGAUGCCGGGAUGCUGCCAAGGGUUGAAGAGUCAAUGUCAGUUGUUAACAAUGAGAUAUUAAGGAGGCAUUUCUUGGAGCUCACUACAAAUUUUUUGGCCCCUUUUGGUCCAUAUUUUAGGACCACUGCACCAUCAGAAGGAACUUCUCCUUUUGCAGAUCCCCCACCUCUACCUCCAUUUCAUGCCGAAGAAUUUCUUGCAAGCUUAUCUGCUAGAGGUCCAGGGAAGUUCUUAUCAAAGCGAAUGAGAUCCAACUGGCUUGAUUUAUAUAGGCGAUUUCUGAAGGGACCCAACUUUUUGCCAUGGUUUCAGAGAAGGCAAGCUGUUGCGGAACAAGAGCAAGACAGAUCGUGGAGGCAUUCAAGAAUGACAACUGACAUACAACAGCUUCUAUCUAAAAUGAGUGAGUUGGAAAUUGUGGAUUCCUUCAAUGCUAUAGAGAGACUUCUUGUUGAAGAAGUGCAGCUGCAACAAUCUGGAAGGGCUAGUGUAGAUUUCCCAGCUAGCUGUCAGAAGCUAAGGGCAGACCUUCAGGCUGUUUUUAAUAUGCUGUCAAAGGACAUGCAGCAACUGAUGCUUUCAAAUCCACAAAGAGCAGCCCUUCUACAAGGAAGCCAUGAAUUGACAAAACUUCCAGGCCGCCCAUUAAUACAAGUUGGGGUUUUAUCUUCUACUUCACCCAAGUGAAAAUUAUGAUACACAUUGUCUCGGAUGUGCGAUGACCACAUUUUUUAGUAAUUAAUCCUCUCCAAAAGCAGACGCUGGAUAACUUCAUUGGCAAUGCAUUCGAGUUGUAUUAUUUUAAAUGUCAGGUUUUUUUAAUUACCUUUCUUUCCAGAAAUUGAAUCUCUAUAUUUUGAAGGAUCAAACUGUAAAUUACCAACUUAGUGUGAUAGCUCAUGGUGGUGGUUCUUGCAGAUUUUCUACUAUUUGAAAAUCCUCAACAUAUGCAGUGGGGAUAUCUCGUGAGUCAAUUCAUUAUUUUGAUGUUUCUCUAGACUCCAUUCUCAGUUUUGUAAAGACGAGGGAGAAAAAGAAGGUUAAGAGCACUAGAAGUUGUUAAUACUCGUUGCAAAAUUUGACUUCUAGGGUUUUCUCAAUGUGACAUGAUUUGUGUCUGUUAUGCUUUCUA